GUGGUCAGGCCGUUCCUCAGGACCCGUCGCCCUCCUCCACCUGUCCUCCAGGACCCCCUGGACCUCCGGCGGGAGCCAACGGCAGCAGCGACGUCAUGGUGAACUUUGACCCGGACCCUGCGGACCUGGCGCUGUCCAGCGUGCCGGGCCAGGAGGCGUUCGACCCGCGACGGCACCGAUUCUCCGACGAGGAGCUGAAACCUCAGCCGAUGAUCAAGAAGGCUCGAAAGAUGCUGGUGCCCAACGAGCAGAAGGACGAGAAGUACUGGUGCCGGCGCGUCAAGAACAACGAGGCGGCGAAGCGCUCUCGGGACGCCCGGCGGCUGAAGGAGAACCAGAUCUCUGUGCGCGCCGCCUUCCUGGAGAGAGAGAACGCCACGCUUCGCCAGGAGGUCGCCGACAUGCGGAAAGAGCUGGGGCGCUGCAGGAACAUCAUCAACAAGUACGAGAGCCGACACGGAGACUUGUGAGGCGGCGAGGGACUGGAGAAGACGGCGAUGAAGGAGGGCGGGGUUUGGGGGAGGGGGGGAGGAGGAUUUCAGAAAAAAGGGUUUCAAGGCAACCCGACAACAGCAGCACUUUAGUUGAAGUGGUGGAGUGGGCGGAGCCGGCGUAGACCUGCAGUGAGCGCUGUGCGACACCCGGGCUGUUUUUAAACGUGUGCGCUGUGCUUCAGGAUUGCACGUCAGGACAGCACGGCGACGCCCCCUUUUUUUCCAGUGUGACUCUCUUUAGUCUCUUUGAACCCUCACAACGUACUGUAUCACCCCGCGUCCCCUUGGCAGCUCACCUCACCCCCUCGGUGCUGUGCUCACAGCCAGGUGUCGCAUGGCGUUCUUCGCAGGUAGUGCGUCCCGGCCGCCGCUCCGGCCCCGUUCAAUCAGCGUGUUGAAUUCACAUUAUGCCAGUGAAAUCUCACUUUUUAAGCUCAAGGCACGGAUACAAGCCAGGGGAGGUCGGAUGUGUAAUUUUUUUCUAAAUAUAGGACAAAAAAAUUGUGUAUAUUUUUGAACUGGGCAGGAAGGCGGGACUACUGCGGCGAGGAGGCGGCGUCAGCGGGAGGAGGUGCAGGGGGCGGUCCUUAAGGCAAAGAGAUUUUGACAUUAUUGUAUAUUUUUCUAUUCGCAGAGAUAGUCGACCGCAGGAGGAUUUUGGAGAUAAUCUUUUGUAUAUUUUCUAUAUGGGGCGGGGGAGGGGGCGGGGCUUCAAGCUGGACAGUCAACGGGGCCACAUUUACGCUUUCUCCUCCCAGCUGUUUUAUCGCUAAAACAACAAAUAAAAAUCUAUUUUCAAAUUUCACGGAGCUGGCCGAUCGGUAGAGGCGAGGCGUCUUCAGAGAAUGUAUCACGGCUGAUUCAGGUAUUUCACACGGUGCGUGGCGAGGGGGCGGUAUCUUAGUAACGAUUGUUUUGAGGCGUCGGGGCGCGUCGGGAAGGAAACGGUGAAACAAAAAAAAAAAUGUGUAUAGUUUAAAGAAACGUUUGUGUUUGUUUUCUUUUUCCCUGUGCUCGCUCGAGCGCUCGAUUCGUUCUCUUCUCUUUGAUUCCGUGUCUAGUUUUUGAUUCACGGCGAGCGGGCGGCGUGCGGGCGGGCGGCGUUUGAUUUUAAGGACGGUGACGGGGUAGACAGGAGUUAAUUAGCCAUCAGAACAGCUGCACGUGAGCAGAUGUUUGAAAUCAUACGAGGUGGACGAUUUCACUGGCAAGGUUUUUGCAUUUUACUUUGUGUCUUGCUCACACACACACACACAAACACACACACACACACACACACACACACAUACACACACACACACACUUUAUUAACAACAACACUACGUGGUUGCGGUCUUUCUCUCUCUAUUUACUCCUUGUUUUGUCCAGGAUGUGCAAAAAUGAAAUACUGACUGGUGUCGGGUGGAUGAGCCCGACUUGAACAGUGACUGAAACCUUCAGCAUGCACACACACACACACACACACACACACACACACACACACAGGUUUGAACCCUUAUCGUCGUUGUUGAUGUUGUUAUGGACUUCUAUGGUGCUGAUCUGUUUGAUCCUUCACCUGAUGCACACACACACACACACACACACACACACACACACACACACACACACACACACACAUCUGAAAACACUUCCAAACACCGUUCUAAACCCUUUCUUUGUCUUUAACUCUUCAGUUGGUUUUCUUUUCUCUCUCUCUCUCUCUCUCUCUCUCUCUCUUGGAUAAAUCGUAUAUAUUUAGAUCUACACACAAACACGUGUCUAUACCUCUCCUUCAAACUUUACCCAAUGAGGAACGAGAAAUGCACCCUACUGCUACUGUACCAUAAAACUGUACUAUUGAAUAUUGAGCUAUUCUCUCACUAGAUAUAAAUAUAUAUAUGUAUAUGAUAUAUGCUUGAAUUAUGUGAUUAUAGUUGUAAUAUACAUAAUUGAAUAUAUUACAGAAAAACCCAUUUGAAUCAUUUUGUCCGUUUUUUCUCAGGUGUUUUUUUUUGUCUGAGGUAUUAAAUACACAUAUAUAUAAAAAAAACACACACAAGACGUCUGAUUGGAUGACAGAAUUUGUGCUCUAUGUUUUUUUCCUGGGGGAUUUAUAUAUUUGAUUUUUUUCCCCGUUAUGACUCAUUUCAAACCUGAUGGCUGAUGUUGUUAUGAUUAAGUUUUACCUCACUUCAGAACAACAGUCACUAAACUCCGCCCCCAACCCCUUGGUUACUGUUGCUAUGCUCAUCAGGAAUCGCAUUCUAGAACUUUGCACGGUCCGUUGCCGGGACAAUAGGUUCAGACUUCCCUGUCCUCGAUUUUAAACAGAAAUGUAAAGAAGCAGCUUCAUGGUUUGACAUCACGUUAGCUAAGCUGGCUAAAUAUAUCACCAGCAUUAUACCAAAAAAUAAGUCGACACUGAGUCUGUUUACAUCGACUUGAGUCUCCUGGUUUUACAGUUUGUGUGAGUAAACAUCAAAUCUUGAUUUAAGAAAUCGGGAUCAUCCCAAGCAGCAACUUCGUGAGUUGAAAAAUGAAGCCGAUGCUGAAGUGUAAAAUCCUGCAGUUCCUGGAGUGUCCACUAGAGGCUGGCUGCAGAAGC